AUGGCGGCAGCAGCAGCAGCAGACGCCGCCGAGGACUUCGUCCUUGAAAGAGAAGACGAGGACAGCGGCAGCAGCCACAUGGGGCCCCAGGAAUACAUAGAUAAGGACAUAGGAGAGCCAGCAGCAGCAGCAGCAGCAGCAGCAGCAGAGGCCCCCACCACCCACACCACCAAACCCAGACGCAGGGGCCCCACAAGGGUACCACUGGACUCUUACCAGUGGUUAGCUCUUGCUGCUGCAGUGGGGGCCCUAAUGGGGGCCCUCUGGCUGCAGCUAGCUGGCCGCCGGGGGCCCCGGGGGGGCCCCCUGGGGGGCCCCCGGGGGGGCCCCCUGGGGGCCCCCAGGGGCCCCUGGCUGCCCCCAGAAGACCCCAGGUGGGUACUGGCCGACCUCAGGCUUGAGGGCUCUCGACUGCAGCAGCAAUGGGACCAGGCAACAGCAGCAGCAAAGGGAGAGUUUUUGAAGACUUUGCGGGUGCAGGACAGCAGCAGCAGCAGCAGCAGCAGCAGCAGCAACGGCAGCAGCAGCAGCAGCAGCGGCGUCAGCAGCAGCAGCAGCGACGCGGACGCGAAGGAACCGCCGUUCGCUUUGCUGCUGCGGCCCGUCGAAGGGUUUGCUGCAGUAGUUCAGCAAGUCGCAGCAGCAGCAGCAGCAGCAGCAGCAGAAGCGGAAGCAGCAGCAGCAAAAGUCGCAGCAGCAGAAGAACGGGAGAAGAAAGAAGAGGCCCGAGGCGCAGCAGCAGCAGCAGCAGCAGCAGCAGCAGAAAGGCAACUCGCAGCUGAAGAAGCUCUAGCAGCAAAAGAUAAACUCCGAGAAAUCCAGCAGCAGCAGCAGCAGCUAAGAAGCAGCAUGGCGCUGCUGCUCUCAGGUGUACAUGCAGCUCGCCAGCGCCUCGGGGUGUACGUACAGCUGGAGAAGCUGCAGAAGGACACGGGAGUGAACUUCUUAGCUGCUGACCCUGCUGCAGCAGCAGCAGCAGCAGCAGCAGCAGCAGCAGCAGGAGAAGCAGAGGAGGAGGUGACCCUGCAGGAGUUCCUGGGGAUGCUGACGGGCAAAAGUUCAGAGUCAGCAGCAGCAGCAGAAGACGAGGAGGACGAGGAAGCAGCAGCAGCAGCAGCAGCAGCAGCAGCAGCAGAAGAAGAGGAGAAGGGCAAAGCAGCAGCAGGGGAAGCAGCAGCAGCAGCAGGAGAAGAGGGAGGGUCCGCGACGGACGAAGCCGCAGAAGCAGCAGCAGCAGCAGCAGCAGCAAAGGCCGCAGCCGCAGCAAAACCCGCAGCAGAAAAGGCGCGGAAAGCAGCAGCAGCAGCAGCAGCAGCACCUGCAGCAGCAGCAGCAGCAAAAGUCCCCAAAAGCCUAGCAGCAACUUUUGCUGCUCUCUUCCUGCGGGGGCAGCUCGAAGCCCAAGCGGACUACACAGUGGCUGAAGCUUAUAUCCACUACUUCAGCAGCAGCAGCAAACUAGGCGCUGCUGCUGCAGCAGCAGCAGCAGCAGCAGCAGCAGCAGCAGCAGCAGCAGCAGCAGCAGCAGAACCCAAGGAAUUCCCUCUUGCUGCUUUUUUCCAAAUUGUAGAAGCAAAGUCAAAAAUAAAUGAAGGAAAUCCUUUCGACGAAAACUUGCUGCUGCAGGCGCUCAGCAACUGGGGUGUACAUACACUCCAAAAAGCAUGCACGGAUUUGCAAGAGUGGCAGCAACUUCGAAAUCAAAAUUCAAAUUAUUUAAAAGUGGAGUUUUUAAAACAUUUAAAUGUUAAUUUCCAAGAAAAUGAACUCCAAAAAACCCUUUUCGGCAUGCUAGUUGCGCUCCUCUAA